AGUUUCACAUGAACAAUUGAGAGAAAAAGUAGUUCUUUGGGGCAAAAUUUUGAAGUGAUCAUGAGGAUAUUUUUGAUUUUCUUACUCCCUGGAAUAGUUCAGUGCGCGAAUAUUUUAUUUCUCGAAGGAGUUCCUAGUCCGAGUCAUCAUGUUUGGAUGAGGACACUGAUCUAUGCUCUAGCUGAGAGAGGGCACAACAUUACAUCAAUAUCAGUGGACAUUGAGGAGAAUGCUCCAAAAAAUGUUCAUUACCUUCAUUUAGAUAGAGUUUAUGAGGUCUUGUACGAUGGUUCUGGUGAUAUGAACUACGUUGAAUUGGGAAGAUCAAAUGUUUUUAUGAAAAUUCUUGUUUAUGUGGCUUUUACAAUGAGAGCACUGCAAGGAAGCGCAAUUUCAACUGGAUAUCAAAAACUUCUGAAUUAUCCUGAUGACUUUAAGUUUGAUCUGAUCAUCAACGACUUUACUGCGGGUCCGAUUCUUCUUCCAUUUGCAACUAAAUUUCAAAAUGUUCCCAUUAUUGGAGCUUCAGCUCACUACUCAGUUAGUUUCGCCCUUCCACUUGUCGGAGGAGUCGCAACACCUUCAUACGUUCCCUACAUCUUCUUCGCAUCCGAUUUGACUUCAUUCAAAGAUCGCCUAACUAACUUUGUUGCACUUUACGUGGACUACUUCAUCAGAGAUUACUACAUCGCUCCUAAAAUUCACAGUACGCUUGGGAAAGAUUUCCCAAACUUAAAAGAUGUCACAGAGUUGGACAAAUUGACCAAAAUUGUUCUGCUGAAUAAGGAUUCAUCUAUUGGUGUUCCUGAACAAUCCUUACCCAACGUUGUCUUUGUUGGAGGAAUGCAGAUUCGGAGAAUUAAUGAUCUUCCAAAGAAUAUCCUUUCAAUCAUGAACGAAGCAAAGAAAGGCGUUGUUAUAUUUUCUUUGGGUACCAACGUAAUGAGCGAUAUGCUCAACAAUGAUUGCUUUACGGAGAUUUUGGAAGCCUUCAGAGCUCUACCAGACUACACGUUUCUAUUCAAAACUGACGUGGAGAAAUUUCCAGUGGACUUACCGAAGAAUGUUGUCUCAAUUAAAUGGUUGCCUCAAAAUGACGUCUUAGCUCAUCCAAAAGUGAAACUCUUUAUCACUCACUGUGGACUACUCAGCGUCCAAGAAGCCCUCUGGCAUGGAGUUCCCAUGAUAGGAAUUCCAAUAAUUUCGGAACAAUUUGAUAAUAUUAGAAUGUUGGUGAGAGAUGGACUUGGAGAGCAUCAAGACCUCAUUACGAUUGAACGUCAUGCCUUUCAGCGGCUCAUAGAACGGGUACUAAAGAAUCCGAAGUACGGAGAAAAUGCAAAGGCGCGAUCUAGCGCUGUACGAGAUCAGAAGGAGUCUCCUCUGGAGAGAGCAGUAUGGUGGACUGAAUACGUUCUUCGACAUCCCAACAUGACUCACAUGAGGUCUGAUUCUGUAGAUAAAGGAUUCAUUCAGAGACAUUCAUGGGAUAUCGUUGUAUUCAUCUACACAAUUCUUCUUAUUCUUUUGUACAUAAUUUAUAAGAUUGCCUUCAAAAUUUUACGGAAGUUUGCAGGCAAAGAAGUAAAGAAGCAUAAGAAACAAUAAAACUAGCCGAUUAUCCUUAAUUUUACUAGCCUGUUAAAUUAAUAAAACCAC